AUGGCAGAGACAUGGAACGGCCGCGAUCGAAGUCUGCGUCAGGAGAUCAUGGGAACCUCGGCGGCCAUCGACCGCUUGGCGUGCGUCGGCCGGGAAGGCCUGCCGGACACCGCUGACGAUACCCCAGAUACGGUUGGGGAAGAAGCCAGUGCUGCCGACCCUCAGCCCCAAAAUAAGGGGAACUGCAGAGGAGUAAACAGCAAAACGGGAGGAGCAGGCAAAAUUGCUAGAAAGAACGGAAAAGUGAACAAACCUGAGGGGAAACAAGUGCGGAUACGGACUGUAAUGACGGAGCGUCAAAUCAACACCCUCAAGUCCAGCUACGAAAUGAACGACCGUCCAGACGCGCUACAGAAGGAGCGUCUGAUCGACGUUACCGGCCUCACCCACCGCGUCAUCAGAGUCUGGUUCCAGAACAAGAGAUGUAAGGAGAAGAAGAGAAGGAUUAAGAUGCAAGAAGACAUGCAGAAGUCGAUGAUGUCGUUUUAUUCCUCGAUGCGGGGGGUGCCGAUGGUGGCCCAGGCCCCCUCAUCCCUCGAGGCCCCCCUCCCCAUCAACGUUGAUGUCCUCACGUCCAGCUGGGCCCAGCACGGGGCCCAGCACGGGGGCGGCUAUGGGGCCCAGGAAGGACUGGGUCAUUUCGACCCACAUUCACCUCAGCGCGUCAUGGGUACCUUGACUGGCUUCCACACAUCGGAUAACCCCGCGUUCCCUCAGUCCCACUCCCCGUACUCCCCUCACACAGACCCUAGAGGGGCGGUCCAGCAGCCGCCCCCUCGGUCUUCCUCAUCGAACGGACGUCAUUCCCUCACUCCUGGCUCCCCAAUGGCGGUUUCCCCGACCUGUGGGUCCCCGAGCACGUCAACCCAAAGCUCGUAUUCCCCAUUUAACAUGUCGCAAUCCCCACAUUUCACCCCAUACCAAUCAGAUGCUCCCCAAAGAGGGUUUAGUGAACCUCUCUCAGCGAGAUCGUUUAUAGACCAGCUGCAACAUCAAUUCUAUCAACAACCCCAACAGUUGGGGUUCAGUGGUCAAUCCCCACAACAACUUCCCCACCAUCUUUACCAGCCCCAAAUUGGCCCCAUGAGAGGGGCUGAACAGGGCGCGACGCCCCCCUUGCUGCCAGAUAUGAACUUAGUGAGACAUCCGUACUACAACAUCAAUGCCGGUAAUCAUGUCGCUUCCACCGGUACUCAAAAUUUUACUACUGGUGAAUGUUAGUUAUACAUGGUUAGUGAUAAUUAUGAACGGUGAAUGCUAGUGAUGUAUGUUAGGUGCUAGUGAUAAAUGACUCUUUAAUUUAGCUAAAGAUGACCGAAAAUAAUUGUGCGAUCGAGCCUUGUUAAGCUCAGUUCAUUUUUCGAUGUCGCUGAUGGGAGGCGAUUGGUAGCCGUCAAAAGCGGUGCUUGCAGCAUGGCUUGCGUCGGUGUCCCUAUAAACAAAGUCUGGGUACCUAAUGCUUGGGGAUACGGUGAGUGCUAAUGAUACAUGGUGAGUGUUAAAAAUCUAUAUUGAGUGCUUCGUGUGCUUGCACACAUGGGUGGAUGUGUGAGUUGUAGCAGUGCAGUUGUAGGAGAGUUAAAGCAGAUUGUUGCGAUCAAUCCUACUUGAUUGUUGUGAUCAAUCCUUGGAUUGUUGUGAUCAAUCCUACUCUUGUACUUCCGUACGUCAUGAAUGUCGCCAUGUAACUGUUGAUUGAAUGGAAGCUAUUACGGAUAGGUGUAAUUGAAUAAUUUACGGUCAAUUCACCACAGACUGUGGUUUGAUUGAAAAUUUCAUCCUAUGGGUUGACUCAUGUGAAGUGCCGAGAAAUUUCGCUGUAUGUCAAAAAGUGAUAAAAUGAUGGCAUAAUCCAUGUGGCUUUCAUCGACGUACAAAAUUAGGCUAGGGUGGAAUGAACCCAUGACUUGAUGAUGCAGAUGUUUAGAUUAAAAAUAUAAAUUUAUUUGCAAAAGAAUUUGGUAUACAUCGUCUAGAUAGAUAUUGAUUUGUAGAUAUCUAAAUUGAGAUUUCAAUUUUUACGUUUGAGAUUGAAUGAAGACUGACAUUGGAGGUGAAAAUGGCCCUCAGCAAAUUAGUACAAGCUACAGUGUAAAGUUUACACUGUAUCUGUGAUACAAAUAUAAUUAGUUUAUGCUCUAUUUUUACAACAAUGUUAAAUUAAAACAUAUUGAGGGUUUUCGUGAACAUGAUAUAGUUAGUGUCCUCUUGUUAUUAGAAAGGGAAUUUCUUGAGCCAAUAAAAAUACUUAGCAGUUACCGUUUAACAUUAACAGUUAAUAUCGAUUCUUCAGCUAAAUAUGCCCCUGCCAUUCGUCAUGUUCGCAAAUUGGAUAGCGCUAAAUAAAAUACAUAAUUUGCGCAAUCAUUGGCGGAAAAGUUGUUCGCUUGUCUUCAGCUGAUAAUUAGGGAAAUUGGGCGAAUUAUUUUCUUAUUUCAAUUCUGGCUGCCUACAGAUUGCGUAAUUUUUUUAGUUUGGGACCUUUUA